CUCAUCUAACAUGGCUACCAAAACAUUAGCAGCUGCAGCGCUGUUCACGUCAUUUAUUUUACCCUUAUCAGGGGGGUUUCUGAAUAUAGAGGAGCUCAAGACAAUUAAUUAUGGAAUACAGAUAUUAAAUAUACCGGUUAAAGUAGGACAGGCUGCAGAUGGCGAUGUGAUGGUGCUGAGCUCCAAACAUGGCCAGCAGUAUCAGUGUAGCUUUCCAGACCAUUCACAGCAGGAGAAACAGAAAGAGGAAGAAGAGAAAAUUGCCAUUGAGACUGGGAUUCCAGAGUUGCUACGUCCAUUGGAGAACAGUCCAUGCUUGGUUUAUAGAAAGGAUUGGUGGACAUAUGAGUUUUGCUAUGGGAAGUUUAUAAAACAAUACCAUAUGGAAGAUGGUAAACCAGUUGGUAUAGAGAUAUUUCUAGGUCAUUAUGAGUCUGAAUUUGACUGGAACAAUGAAACUAUUAAAAAGGAUGCCAAGAACAGACUAAACCGUUACCACAGUCAGCAGUAUGUGAAUGGCUCCAACUGUGACCUCACUGGGGUCCCCAGGAGGUCAGAGGUCAGGUUUCUCUGUGACGAAGGCACAGGGGACCAUGUGGUGAGCGUCCAUGAGCCCCAGACCUGCGUGUACACCAUAGUGGUCCACACCAACAAGAUCUGCCACCACCCCUACCUGCGCUCUCCUAGCUCACAGAAACCAUUACCAAUUACAUGUAAUCCACUGCUGACUGAUGAGCAGUACUCUGAAUACACACAGGAACAAGAGAAGCAAAGAAAAGCAGAAGAGCUGAAGCACAUUUUGGCUUUGCAAAUGGCAGAGAAGAAAAAGCAAAAGCUUGAGGAAGAGAUGGAAAGGAUGGAGAAGUUACAACAAGACGCCUCUGAAGAUGCAGAGAAGACAGACCCACCCCCUGUCACAGAGGACCAGAACACACUGCAGCCAAAACUUAGGAAAAUUUUGACAGAUGUAUUGACUAAGAAGUUUGAGAAACAAUUUGGCAUUGGUUCUCAAGUACCAGAACUCAGGGAGAUCAAGGAUAUGGCUGACUUUCAACAAUUUGUAUCAGAAUACUUCGGCAUUCAGAAUAAAGCAGACACAUCAGGUCAAGCUCAGAAAGUAGAUAGUCCCGUGAAAGAUGAGGAAAAGGAAGAUGAAAGUGACAAUCAAGAAAGACAAAUCACAAGUGAUAAUCAGAUUAAUCAUGAUCUUAACAAGGAAAUUGGCAAGGGAAACGAGGCAGUUGUGGAUGGUCAGCAAUCAAAACAAAGUGGAACAGAUGCUCAAGUCUUGGAUCAAGACAUUCCAGAACCUCAACCAAGUUCAGAGCAAGGGAAGCCUUCAGAGACACCUGGUGGUCAGAAUGUGAACUCCGAGAGUGAGGAUGACAUUUCGGGUGAAAUGGACGAGGAGACCCAGAAAUUUUACAAAAAUUUGAUGAAAGUUAUUAAUAAAGCUAACAAAAAUAUGAAAAAGGGUGGAAAAAGUGAAAAGGGUGAGGUGGAAGAGGAGGAAGAAGAUCCAGAUGCCACAGAGGAGCAGUUUACUAAAGGUUUGGAGGAUCUUGGUCUUGGCGCUGAUGAUAUGGCAUGGGUAGCAAAUAGAAAAGAAGACAUUCGUAAAGCUAUGUCAGCCCAAUUUAAUGAUAUUGUAGAUGAGGCUGAGCGUGAGCUGGCCGGAGAGGGAGAGGAUGUCCAAGGUUUGGACAGAGACGUUGCCAUUCAGAGUCUGUCCACUACACUGACCAAGCUGUUAAAAAGACUGGAUGACCAACCACCUGAGGAGACAGACAAGUUGGAGACCCCUGAGUCAGCAGUUAAAUCAAAAGACCGUCAGAGCAAAGGAGAAGACAGAUGGCGUGUUAAAGUCACGUCUGGGAAAAGAAAACCCCAAGACAGUGCUCUAGACCCUGUGACACAAAAGCUCCAGUCUGGAAUACAGGAACAGCUGCAGAAAGCAGGAUUUGAUACUGGGGGAAGAAAAAUAGAAGUGAAGAUCAUCACUACUGGAUAUUAUAAUGCAGAUGACGACUCCAUCCAUAUGUUAUCUGAUGACGACAGCAAGGCUAUUAACAAGAUGGUCAUUGCAAUAUUGGGAACGGAUACUGAUGCUGUAGACGAAGCAGAGAAACACAGUCAGCUGGAAGACAAUUAUCAAUUUGUGUAUGGGAAACAGACAAAGAAGACCUCCAAGAACAAAGAUGAUUCCAUAAAUGAUUUGCUUUACUAUCGGUAGUUGUCAAAGUAAUGCUGGGUUGUUUUUAAGAACAAUCUUGAUAUUGUAUUUUUUCAAGUAUUUCUUGUGGAAAUAUUAGUUCUCCAAAGAAUGGUUCAGGUCUUUUUGAUGUGUUCUUAUUGUAUUUCUAGUUUAAGAGUCUGUUUUAAGAGAUGACUAAUUUAGCCAGCACUCUCUCUCUCUACUGCCAAGAAUUAUUUCUUUCCAGCACAGGAGAGGGUUCUGACUGGUCAAUGUAUUCAUACAUAUGGCUUUUUCUUCCAAUAUUUAAUUGUGUCACAAAAUCUAGUUUUUCAUUUUUAUGUCCAUUUUCUUAUUGAAAAAUUACUGAUUGAAUUAGCUAGUGAAGUAGGGCAGAUGUAAGUUCAAGGGAAGAUCCAGAAGAGGGCACCACCAGCGAGAGCCCUUCCCUUAGCUUCUUAGGUUCCCUGCUCCCUUCUCCCUCCCAAAGACGGUAGACCAAAUAAAGGCAGACAAACCCAAGCUGAUUUCCCAUUUCUGUGCCUCACAUAUUACAGUAAAAUUGCAGUUUUUCUCGUUUUAUGUUUGUGAGCGAAUUGAGCCAAUAGGUUUCAGCCCCCCCCC